GCAUAACGCUGAGACACAGCUGAGAAUAGGAAGAGAAAGAGAGGGGGCACUGAAGUGGAAGUAUGAGUGAGCAUCAGAGACAAGGACAGAAAUAGAGCGAUAAAGGAAUGAAUUGCAGAGGGAGGCUCAGAAAGAGAGAGAGCAAUGGUGGUGCACAUGGGUUUAUGGUAUUGUUGCAAGAGCCUUUUCUGUCAUUUUCUGUGGACAUGAACCUCAAGUGGAUUUUGUUUUCUCAGACUCCCAGUGGAUUUCCCUGGAAUUCCUCCCUGGAUCUAAACAGCUGUUGAAGACUUGAAGACCAAACCAUGCCUUCUCUUCAUUGUAGCUUCAACAUGGGCCCUUGACUGGGUUCCCUGGCUGGAUUCUUACUACCACGGAUACCCUUCACAAUUUUUAUUUAACUCUAUCUUAGUCCCAAUGAGAUCAAAAUACCUAUUUUUCAAGGGAGACCUGGCGACGAAGGAUGGCGCUAUGUUGCACCUCCACUAAGCACCACCACUCAGUGCAUGCUCUGCAGUGAAGAUUCCUCCAUGUGCUAUCUAUACUGACGUCCCUAAUCGUGGAUAGCCACUGACAGGCCUGAGCGAUCUGAAAGCCUAGCCGGAGAACAAACAACAUCUGGGCGUGGGGAGAGAGGAGAAGGACGAGGCUCAGCAAGGAUAUUAGCAGAUGGUGUCACUGCAACAACACUUCGUCAGUAUGGAGGAGACUGUGAGGAGCCUGCUACAGAACCAGGACACACUGGAGGGCCCCAGCGUGGAUCCACUGGACCUUAUGAAGGCCUACAAGAACAAACUCCUGGAGGAGAUGUGGAAACAGCAGAACAGUCUGGAGGGCCCAACACCCCCUUUGAUAGAGAGGAGGCCCAAAUCUCCAGGAGCCAGCAGUAGUGGACAUGAGGAGGACUCCCACGAGGCCAAGCCCCUUCUAGAGCGACUGCAGGCCCUGGAGGCGGAGAACUCAGCAUUGACGAUGGAGAACGACAACCAGAGGAAGCAGUAUGAACGUUGUCUGGAUGAGGUGGCUAAUCAGGUUGUUCAAGCGCUCCUCACCCAAAAGGACCUAAAAGAGGAGUGUGUGAAGCUGAGGACACGCGUGUUUGACUUGGAGCAGCAGAACCGCAUACUGAACGUUCUGUUCCAGCAGCGGGUCAAAAUAUCCAGCAACCCUGUCUCCCAGGAGGUCCAACGGAAUGGGAAGGCAGGUGUUCCUGCAGGGAGGUGGCCCAGCCUGCUGAGUCUGACCUGUCCACGCAGUAGCUGCAGUGGCAGUGAGGCCUCCUUAUCCAGUGCCUGUAGUGAGUACUCCAGUGGCUCACAUACUUGGGCAGAAGGACGCGGCUCCACCAAGCAGUCUGCAAUAAAUCGAGAGAAGAGGAUGAGUGCAACUUAUUGCUCUGUCUCAGCAGAGCAGCCGGACCUAAGCUGGAAAGAGGGCCACAUUCUGAAGGGCCUAAGGAGGCUCCAAAUGCGCAGCCCAGCUCCCCAGGAGCCAUCUUCACUUGCCUCCACGUCACAUUUCAAGAACUGCAUGACCUCCAACGAGGGCAUAUACUCUCUAGGGGUCAAGUGUGGGCCCAUAGGGGUACUGCCCGCAUUGGCAAAGGGAAAGCCUUUCAAGCCAGGAGCAGGAGUCAGUACCUUAAUCUCUGACUCGGACGAUGCAGAUGAUGAAUCGCCUCAAUCCCCAGUCAGGGAGUCCUGCUGCCCACCCAUCAAAGACACUCACCAUCUGGAAGGACAGCCUGCGUCUGAAUUGGGAAUGGCACAAGGGGAAAAGAGCUUUACGGACUACAACUCCCAAGAGGAGCCUGUAAGACUCGUAAGAAGUACCAGCAACUCCCUCUCACCUAUCAAAGACGUCUUCUUGCUCAAGGGUCCGACACUGAAGCCUGGACUUAGCCCAACGGCGACCCCUACAACUGUGAGUGGACUUGAGAAUACAAACUGGAUAGAAAAAGACAAGCAGUCUGCCUUUACAAACUGGAAUGUUAUGGACAAUUGCAAUUUGAGGCCAGAGAGUGUUAAACAGCCACAAGAAAAAGUUACAGACAAACAACUAGAGACAGGAGCUAGGGAAGUGAGACUACCCAUUCAUCAUUCAGCAUCCAGAGCUCUGAGUUGGGUUAGUGAGGUCAGACAGCGCAGUGCUUCCAUGGAUACGAAGCAUUACAGAGAGCCGAACAGCCAGGGUGAAAUUGAUAUCAAGGACUACACCAUUUUGGAGUCCCGACAGAGGAAAGCAAAGCCUAAGGCCUGCAACUCAGCAAAGAAGGCCUUUUUCCUCCGAAGCAAGAGUGCGGACGGAGGCCCAGACCAGGCCACGCUGCACCAGCCUCUACAUCAGAAGCUGAUAAAGGUCAAUCAAAGGUCCAAGAACCACUUGAACACUCCUGGGUCCAGUGGCCCUGGCACAAAGACUUACCUCAGCAAGGCACCUGGUCCAGCAAAGGCAUCAGUACAAAUGUUUGAGAAAGGUAAGAAUGCUACUGGUGCAAGAACUUCAGGGCCACUUGAGAAUACAGUACAGAGCUCCCCUUCUUCUUCACCUCAGAAACUGGUCAAGGUAUUUAAGCCACCUGGGCUGAAUGAUUACCCCAAGAGUCCAUCUAAAGUAUCCCAACCAGUCUCCAAACUCCCAUCAAGGAAUGACUGUGCAGCAAAAGCCCCCAACUCCAACAAUUCAGCCUGCUUUCCACUCAAACAGAGACAGCAAGACCAGCACUCCGAUCCCCCUCGCAAUGAUAUCAAGUCCCUUUCUCCUCCACCCCCACCAGGUCAGACCACCUCCCUACUGAUACAACCGGGUUAUGACUCAUUACCUCAGGCGCAUAAGCCUGUGGUUCAGCCCCAAACCUCUUGCACCGUGAAGGCAACCACCAGUAGCACCAAAUCUCAGUCAAGUCAUCAUUCAUCUAUUUUACAAAAGCAAGCUCAAGCCCCCAUCAAAAUGCAAGACACUCGUCAUAUGGAUCCCAAAAUGGGCUCUGAGAUGAAAAGGUCACCGAAACGGGUCCCUACCAAAGUUCACCAUCCCUUACCAACUUCUACCCCUAUUCAAGAAUCUACGGAAACAGCCUAUUCCCUAUCCUCAAUGAGCUGGACUGUGGCACAAGCCUCCCAUCAGGAAAAUAGUGUCCCCUUUGUGGUGCCAAACCAGGGCUGUUUACCUGUGUCCCAGCAAAGCAAUGGUGAGCCACAAAGUACAGAGCUCUUACCUCAGGCCUCAGCAUCUCUUCUCUGCCAUGACAUAGUUAGUAACUCUCAACAUUCUGUGACCAGGGUAGUGAAGUCAUCCAUUCUUGUUGGCUCCAAAACCAAUGAGUCAACCUCAAAGCCGGGCAACAACUCCACAGUUAACACUGCUACAAAGGGAGUGCAGACUUUUGAAAACUUCUACCAGGACACCUACACACGUCCAAUGAUGCACUGUGUCAAUGCAGCUGUAGCCAAGGCUAGGAGAAAUCUCAAGACCCGUUGUAGCUCACUAGAGGAGCCUGCACUCCCACCUACAGCAGCAGAGAAUGGUGUAACUUUGGACUGGGGAUUUGAUGAAGAGGGCUGGCUAUUCAAGCGCUCAGUCUCAGUCUCUACCCGGCCUCCUAUCCACCCAGUUAUGGGCAUGAACGGAGCAAAGGCUCGCAGUCAAAGCUUCGGAGCACGUUACAUGGACAGACCAAACGUCAGCAGGUCAGGAAAAGUCCGUACUCACAUCAAAACUAACUCAGGAAGCUCUUUGAACUCUCUUGGUGAUGUAUUUUGGGGUAGUAUGAGUUGCUCUAACAGCUACCAUUGUCCCAUGAACAGAUCCCACGUUAACAAUUUCAUGAUUGAGGAAGGCUUGCCACUACCUCCACAUCUGGGGGUUUCCAGUGAUCGAUUUGAUCUGAAACACAAGAGGUUAAACUCAACAUCACAUCUCCAGACUGAGAAACAGCUCUCUAGCACCUUCUGUGAACCCAUCCAUGGGGAACCAGAGAGGCAGUCCACCAUCGAGGAGAAGGUCAUGAUGGGAAUCAAGGAGAAUUUGCAGAAAUCUCAGGAGCAGGAGAAGACAACUGAAACUAAGCAGAAAUCCAUGUCAUCCCUGGCAAACUGGUUCGGAUUCCGCAAGAACAAGCUCCCUGCUCCGAGUGGCAAAAACGUAGAUACUCAAAAGGAAAAGGAGCAGAAGAAGGAGCCAAAGCUUGGAUCUCUCUUGGGUGGGAAGCAGGCAAAGUCCGACAAAAAGGAGAGGAGGAAAAGUGAAGGUCAUCGAAUGGACAGCUCGGUGGGGAAAAGAGACUCCCAAGAUGCAUUUCUCCUCUGCCUCUCGAUGGCCUCCCAGGGUGCCUCAGUUAACAGCAACAUGCAAGGACAAACUGACAUCUGUGGGGACACAAAGACAAAAACACAGAGGAUGAACCUCAGGACUGAUAAUGACAAUGGAGCUGCAUUAAAGAGCCCCAGUCAAGAUCACGUGAUCGGCUCUGGCUGCAAGAUGCAAACAUUGGACAGCGGCAUUGGAACGUUCACCCUCCUUGAUUCCUCCUCCUUCCUCCACUUCCUUCCCAAGUCCCCAUCGGCCCGGGGUCACUCCCUCAGCCCACCCAGUGUGCCCAGUUCCUCUAGUGCAGAGGUGUCGCCCUCCCCAUUACCCAGGUGGAGAGUGCCUGCCGGGUCAAAGGACCAUCCCUGCAGCCAACCAGAGCUUGUCAACUCCUCGUUAUCCGACACCACUGUGACCCUUGUCCAAUCAGUGCCUUAUCCCACUGUGGCCUUCCUUCAGCCCAUCCAAUCCCUGUCUGAGCCCCUUGUGACCUGUGCCAGUGUAUGUGAUACUCAGAGCAGGCUGCCCAGACUAGCCUCAGUUAGAAUGACAUGAUCGUGAAAGAAUGAAAAGGACGACUGCUAAGAAACCAUCAGCAACUAAAUGAUCAAACUAAAUGUGCAGCAUCGUGGGGAGGGGGAUAGAGAGGGCAAUCAGCAGCCAUGUAAGCUAAAGGAGAGAGUCAUGAUUACAAUGGCUCAUGAGUCAGACAAAAGCUACCAUACCUACCUAUACCAUCCUGGCUCCACCAAGGCUCAAAUCAUGGCUCAUCGAAAAGCAACACAGUGUCAGUGAACUAUGGGGGCUCGCUGAAAACCUGUGAUAAUGGAUCAACCUCUGAAUCAUGUCUUUAUUCUGUGUGUUUUGAAUUUCGGAAUAAAACUGCCAAUUACAAUGUGUUAGGGUAACAUAUGAAGGCUACUAGAAGCCUGAAAGCUGCCCAUUUCUGUCUGAUGGGUUUCUAUCCACAGUACGUACCUGAAGUGUUAAGAUCAACAUGCCAUUGAUUUAAAGUCACGGGCAAUAGUCAUGGUCUGCUGUAGUUGACACACAUUAGCCUCAUCAGUAGCUUUACCAGUUAGCUCACACUUAGCUACUGUACUGUAGCUGACUAAUUGCUCCUUAUUUUGUCAACUUACAUGUAGAUGGAUGGCUUGGGAAGAAGGUCCCCAUGAUCUUCUCUCUUUCAGGGUUUUUAUUAAAGGGAUAGUUCACCCAAAUUACAAAAUCACAUACCUUGUAAGCAGUCAUUGGCCAAGGUAAGGCAACAAUCCAUGCUUUGGUUUUACUUACAGUUUAAGGAAAGCAACAUGUAAUUUGCAUGAAUUAUCCCUUUAACAGUUUGCAACACAAUACAGACUGACUAGCUCCAGUAUAAAUAAUUAGCUAGGUUCUGUGCUGGGCAAUAUGCACUGUCAACUGACACUUCAGUUCACAAUAAACAACUUCAAGGCUCUCUGAUUUGGAAAAUAAGCCACCAAUCAUAGAAGUACAGUGUAGGUGGGAUCUCUACUUAUAACUGUACAUCAGUAGAUGUUGUACAUUCAGCCUCAAACCGUAUGAACAAGUAAAUAUAAAAGCAGGUUAACUUUGUAUUUAUCAAGCACUUUUUAUUUUGUGUUACACAUUCCUGAACUUGUGUAUAGUCAUGUAGGCCUCUGAUCUCAGUUAUACAUAAGCGCAACAUGAAUAUUACUAUGCAGUUUGCUCAGGGAAAUGCAAUUACUCAUUUAGGAAAUAUUUAUUAAUAUAUGGCUAUAUGGAAGUUAUAAGCACGUGUUCAAUUCAACCUCAAUCUAGUUUCACCUAAUUAUUAUCAAGUAUCUGGUUCCACAGCUUUUUUUUUGGUUUACUUAACUUUUCAGUCAGUGUUACCUGAACGUAACAUUUUUAGUUGGCCCAAACUUGAGAAAACAUAUACAAAUAUUUUUGUCAAUUUAAAAUGUUUUCUCAAUUUGUCUCAUAUGUUCAUUCAAUUAGUAAUUAUUAUUUUGGCAUCUUACCAAAAAAAAAGGCUGUGGAAGUACACACACACACACACACACACACACACACACACACACACACACACACACACACACACACACUGUGCUUUUAACAUACAAUGUUUUCAACUUACAACUUACUGUAAUUAUUAGGACAGUGAAGUAUUGUUUCUUCUGGCUCUAUAUUUCAGAAGUUUGCAUUUAAAAUCAAACACUGACUGAGGUUAAAGUUCAGACAGUCAGCUUUAAUUUGACGGUAUUUUUUUUAUCCAUAUCAGAUGAACCAUUUAGAAAUUACAGCACUUUUUGUACAUAGUCCCCUCAUUUUAGGAGAGCAAAAGUAUUGCGACAAAUUCACUUAUGUGUAUUAAAGUAGUGAAAAAGUGAAGUAUUUGGUUCCAUAUUCACAGCACGCAAUGACUACAUCAAGCUUGUGACCCCUCAAAUUUGUUGGAUGCACUUGCUGUUUCUUUUGGUUGUUUCAGAUUAUUAUGUGUCACUUAUUGUAAAUAAUAAUAGAAAAUGUUUCUAAACCCUUCUACAUGAAUGUGGAUGCUACCAUGAUUACGGAUAAUCCUGAAUGUAUUGUGAAUAAUGAUGAUUGACAAAGUUACAUAUGCACAAAUAUCAUACCCCCACAAAAAUUAUAACCUCCCCUUAUUGUAAUGGUCUGUUAAUAGUACACAAGAAAAACUAUUUUAUUAAUCAUACUGAUUAAGGAGUAACAUUAACAUUUGACAACUAUACAGAAAAACCUAAAAUUGCUUAAAUAAGUAAAUCAAAUUAAUGAUGAGAGAAUAGUCAGAUUAAAUGAUAACUGACACAAACAUGGUGGCGUAGCAGGAAUAUCGA